AUGGCAGGAAGUUCGUCGAUGUCUGCACACUACCAGUCCAGCAGCGACGAGGGAACGGCGCAGGAACCAAUCCACUCUGCAUACCGCCAUUUCCGCUACGUUCGCGACCGGGAGUCAUGGCUGGCCGACCUAGUCGACAUCCACGUGGACGACGUUUACCUGCAGAAGAUCGUCAUGAACUACCUCGUGGUGAACAUGUGUGAGGAGAGCUAUUCGAGGUUCAUCGAGGAGACUGGUUAUACAGGACCCGACCUUUCCCACACCAUAGCCAGCAGGCGCCGAAUCAGGGACGCGAUCCUGGAGUGCAGGGCGCGGGAUGCGCUCGAUCUCAUCAACGGCGUCGACCCCAAGAUACUGCAGAAGAACGUCCACAUACUGUUCAACUUGCUCUCGUGCGACCUCAUCGAUAUAAUAAAAACGGGCGACUCCAAAAAGGCAGUGGAAUAUGCACGGCGCAUGCUGGCGCCGUGCGUGCAGAAGGACCGCUCCCUCAUCGAGAAGCUGGAGGAGAUUUUGGGUCUGAUCGCGUUCGGCAACAUGGAGGACGUCGACCCCUUGGAUCUCAAACACAAGAUAUAUCGGCCGGAGGACACGGCUAAGCUCGUCGACAUCGCACUAAUGAAACAUUUUCGCCAGGACACGCGCAUCAUGCUCGUGUCGCUCGCCAAAGAGGCUGCGUGGUUGCAAGGGAAGCUCUCCGACCAGGAGGUGUGGAAGCACAUCCGGUACCGUGACCUCGGGCGCGCCGGCAUCGCCUUCACACAUGACGUCAAUAAGCUUUAA